GCGAUUAGAUAGUGAAAUGAAGGGCGAGCGGCAGAAGCCGCAACAAGUUGCCUCGGCAACGUCAUCAACUGGAGCAUAACUGUAAACCACAGUGAGAUUAGGCCAGCAACGAGUGCUGCAACAACACCUGCCCAGCUACAGAUACGCCUGUAGUUACCAACACAGCCGCACCUGUGCUUCACUUUCAGCGUUAUCGUUGCGUUUCAUUGUUUGCUUGGCCGAUUGCGAAAAGGCGAAUCUACGUACUACGUACUACUAGUGAUUCACUCGGCUACGGGCAGAACAAAACCCACGGCAGCAGCAGAUACAACUACAGGCAGCUAACAAUAUUUCAACACGAUAUUUGAUAUGAAAACUCCCAGCCAGCCGUCUCGAUUUUGUGCAGGCGUUUGCACUUCCGUAAAUUGAAUAAGAACCCCCGACUCGAAGGGUUGAGCAAUCGGGAACCGGGUAACUUGAGGCAUCCUCCAUCCGUCCGCAAGCAGGUUAAUGCCCGGCACUCACACCUCCACACACCACCCUGUAUCUGUAAUCCAUUAUGAUGCACAAAUUAAAAUAUCGCGAUAAGUUGAAGUGGCUCCAAGCACUUCUGAUCUGCGUCUGUUUGAGCCACUUCGCAGAAGCCCAGACGAGAGAUCCUAGAUUUUAUUCCCGGCCCGGCGUCGACUGGCCGAACCCAGGGGAUCCAGACUACAGAACUUACACCUUCAACGACCGUCGCUAUGGUCACUACCAGCCCAAUGGCUUCGGGGCCAACUACCCGGGCAGGAAUUCUCCUGGCCAAUAUCCUCAAGGAAUGCCAAACGAGGAUCGCUUCCGCUUCGAUCCGAAUGACCCCAAUGCCCGGACUCAGUUUCCGGGAGUUUUGGCCGGAUGGAGGGAGGACUUGCAGGGAAAGCAGCGAAGGGACUCACUGACCUUGGAGCGGGAUGUGUUUGUAACCACAAACUAUGGGCAGGUGCAGGGCUUCAAGGUGUACAUGUACGACAACCCCGAUCCGAAGUCCUUCUACCGUCCCUACCACUCCACCGUGGACCGUGUGAUGGGCGAGUGCUCGGCCUUCCUGGGCAUCCCCUACGCCCUUCCGCCCACCUUUGAGGGCAGAUUCAAGCCGCCCCGCAUCCACCGCGGGUGGCAGCUGCUGCAGGCUGUGGAUUUCGGACCGGCUUGCCCACAACCCGUUCGAUACACGGGUGCCACCAAGGGAGUCAUGGACAUGGACGAAGAUUGCCUCUACUUGAACGUCUACUCACCCAAGACUGGCGCAGGAGUGGCACAAAAGUACCCGGUAAUGGUCUACAUUCACGGCGGAGAGUUCAUCAGAGGCGCCUCAAACCUGUUCCAGGGUCACAUAUUGGCGUCCUUCUACGACGUUGUAGUGGUGACCCUCAACUACCGUCUUGGCGCUCUGGGCUUCCUGUCCACGGGGGAUGAGAACUCGCCUGGAAACUACGGAAUCCUGGACCAGGCGAUGGCCUUACGCUGGAUCCACGACAACAUCGAGUUCUUCAAUGGGGAUCGUGACUCCAUUACGCUCUUCGGUCCUGGUGCGGGAGGCGCCUCCGCCGGAUUGCUCAUGGUGGCGCCCCAGACACGGAACAUCGUGAAACGGGUUAUCGCCCAGUCGGGAUCGGCGCUGGCAGACUGGGCACUGAUUCAGGACAAGUACCGGGCGCAGAACACUAGCCGGGUGCUGGGUCAGCUUCUCGGCUGCUCCAUCGAGUCUUCGUGGAAGCUGGUCAACUGCCUGCGCACCGGACGCAGCUUCUACGAGCUGGGAAAUGCUGAGUUCGCUCCGCAGGUGGGCAGCUUCCCCUGGGGUCCUGUGCUGGACCACAAUUUCACGGUGCCCGGCGACGACUGGUACGAGGGCUGGAGGGAAAAGGACUGGCGGUUUCUCACCCAGACUCCGGAGACGCUUAUCCGGGCCGGCCGGUUCAACAGGAACAUUCAGUAUAUGACAGGAGUUACUACCCAGGAGGCAGCCUUCCUGGUGGCCCAGAACGAGUCCUUGAGUCCGUACUAUGAGCUGGACGGACGCUUCUUCGAGCAAAAGAUCCGCGAGCACGUCUUCCGCUACAACUACACUCUCAACCCCAACGGCGUCUACGAGGCCAUCAAGUACAUGUACACCUACUGGCCAGACCCGAACAAUAACACCAUCAUCCGGGACCAGUACAUCAACCUGCUGAGCGAUCUCUACUACCGAGCUCCAGUGGACCAGAUGGUGAAGCUGCUGCUCGAACAGAAGGUGCCGGUGUACAUGUACGUACUGAACACCACGGUGGAGGCGCUGAAUCUUCCCCAGUGGCGCAAAUAUCCUCACGACAUAGAGCGCUACUUCCUCACGGGGGCUCCCUUCAUGGACACCGAGUUCUUCCCCAAAAAGGAGCACCUGCAGCGCAACAUGUGGACCGACAAUGAUCGGAAUAUGAGUCACUUCUUCAUGCAAACGUACUCCAACUUUGCGAGAUACGGCAAUCCGACGCCCCAACAGGUCCUGGGCAUGCACUUCCAACGGGCCUACCAGGGCGAGAUUCGCUACCUCAACGUCAACACCACCUUCAACUCGUCCAUCCUGCUGAACUACAGGCAGACGGAGUGCGCCUUCUGGACGCAAUACCUCCCAACGGUGAUAGGAGUGCUGGUGCCCACUUACCCACCCACCACCGAGUACUGGUGGGAGCCCAAGGAGCCGCUGCAGAUUGCCUUUUGGAGCAUGUCCGUUACCUGCUUCUUCCUCAUUGUGCUGGUGGUCAUCUGCUGCAUCAUGUGGCGCAACGCCAAGAGACAAUCGGAUCGCUUCUACGAUGAGGAUGUCUUUAUCAACGGCGAGGGCAUGGAGCCAGAACCCGAUGCUCGGGGCGUGGACAACGCACACAUGGUAACCAACCACCAUGCCCUGCGCUCCAGGGACAACAUCUACGAGUACCGAGACUCGCCGUCUUCCAAGACUUUGGCCAGCAAGGCGCAAACGGAUACCACUUCCCUGCGCUCGCCCAGCUCGCUGGCCAUGACCCAGAAAUCCGGCAGCCAGGCCUCCCUCAAGUCGGGCAUCUCGCUGAAGGAAACCAACGGCAGUCUGACCAAGUCGGUCUCAGCACGGUCCCAGGCGAAUGGCAAUGGAACCACUGCCAAGUCAGCAGCCGCAGCACCCGUUGAGGAGAAGCGCCUGCUGCAGCCGCUCUCCAGCACUCCGGUGCCACAACUACAGGCGGAGCCGGCCAAGCGCGUCCCAACGGCGGCCAGUGUCUCUGGCAGCAGUCGCAGCACCACGCCUGUGCCGUCUGCCCGCACCACCACCACCACAACGACGGCCACGCUCAGCUCCCAGCCGGCGCCGCAGCCGAGACGCACCCAGCUGGUGGAGGGAGUGCCCCAGACGUCCGUCUAAGUAACAGCUCUCUAAGUGCGGGAUGCGCUUAGAGAGUCAGCCGAAUCGUCCAACAACGUACCACAGCCUUUCGAUGAACAAGGUUUUUUCCGGACAUUAUUUUGAAUUAAGUUAAUUCCUGAAAAUGUUUAAGUUUAAUGUAGUAUUUAAAAAUUGUGUUUGACAGAUCUUUGAGAUCUCAAUUUUGAGUUUUAGAUUAUGCUACUCUACAGUUAAAGUUUGUUUUUAAGUUCGAGAACCCAACGAAUACGAAUCCAUAUCAAUGACAUUCCAUAGCCUUUCCAGGGGCCUUAAGUGUGAGCUUGUAAAUAAAAUUAUUUUAGGAAAAUGUGUGUAUUAGAUGUAGGUACUUAUUUUUUAACAGAGCUACUUUAAAGUUAUAAGAUAAUCCAUUUUUUGUGAGUCCAUUUCUAAGGCAGUGACAGAAGUGCGAAAUUGAACUGUAACAAAAGUUAGUAAUAGACUAAAUCGUAUUCUAAAAUAAUAAAUAAUUGGCCUGGC